AUUGUCAAAAUUCAUUAAAAAAAUAUAUUUAUUUCAAAAAGAUUUUUAAUUUUAAUAAAAAGAAAAAUUAUUGAAAUAAAUUAAAAAUAUUAAUAAAAUAAUAGAAAAAAUCGCGUAUCACUAAAUAAAAAUAAUAUUAUUUUAGUAAAAUAAAGAUUAUAUAUUCAAAAUUUAAGUUUUUUUGUGCCGGAAAAUGAAUCGUGAUCCGGAAUGUGAUUGUUGUCCUCCAAACAGCUGUGAUGCUUGUGUGCCCCAAUGUUCUUCAGAACAAUAUGUAAGGAUCCGUGCCGAAAGGCGUCUUAAGCCCCAGUUAGUAUGCAGUACUAAGAAUUGUAACAUUUUUGGAAUGCAUGAUACUAAUCCGAUGGCGGAAUAUCCAUGUCGUAAGAAAAGCAAUAAAUUCAAAGAUGAAAACAAAAACUCUUUGGGUUCACCUAUUGGCCUCGUGGCCUCUAAUGUAAAUUUCAAAACCGAAGGCAAGACUAGCGAUAUUAUACAGGCGCGAUACGCCACUUAUCUCAAGGCCUUUGCCCGCCUACAUCUAAAUGUGGAAACUUCCUGGAAUGCCCUUGUUAUCGAUGACAUAAUGAAAGAAGGUCUUAUACUGUAUUCCUAUUCACAAAAAGAAGAAACCAAAAUCGAAUCUCCUAGCGAUAUAUAUCUGCCCAAUGAAGUGCAGGUUUUGAGAGAAUUUGAACUAUCAGAUUUUACUUUUCAUAUCGAGCUAAUGGCGCCCUUUAAACUAGAUAGCUCGGUUUCUUUGGAAACAGGAGCCAAAGGUGAUGGUGCGGAGUUAACUUUGGAAGAUUUAUUACCAGUUUUGCGCAAUUUCUUUCGCCAGCACAAAUAUGGUUUAUUGACAGUGGGUGCUUUCUAUGUAUUGCUUUGGCGUUCGGCAGAGGCCUAUUUUGUCUUCGAUGCUUGUGGUCGUAGAGUUACCGAUUUUCAGGCUGAUAAAGAUAAAGGUGUGGCUAUGCUGAUAUGUUUAAGUUGUUUGGAAAAUGUAACGCAUUUGAUUCAAAAUCUAAGUUCUCUGGCAAGGACGGAUCCUUUAACAAUAAGGGAAAUAAAAGUGGUGAAAGUAGUAACACCCGGUGGCUCUAUAAUGCAGCAGGAAUAUGGCAAACGUACUCCACAAUAUCAUGUGGUUAAUGAUGAUUAUGCCUACCUUAAGGCCGGCUUGCAUUUGUCUCUAAACAGAAGAGAUUUAGUGAGAAAUCGCAGUGCUUUACCGGUAGCUGUCAGUGCUAUAGUGGUCUCGAAAAUCGAUCAUCCCGCCACCUGGGAUUUGAAAAUGUUGGAUAAGAUAAUUUGUUUUGGGGUAAAUCUUUGUCAAGCUUGUUGGGCGAAUUGUCGAGUCAGUGGCAUCAUAGAUGUUACCGAAUUUCCCACCUAUUUCUCUAUGGGCCAAUUUAAAAUCACUAACGAAAUUGUAAACCAUAAAUACGAAGGCACCUGGCGUUGUGUGCCCGGCUUCAAACACAGUGAAUUGGCUCAUGCUAUACGUAAGGCGUUCGAGGCGGGCGAUCAGAAAUUGUUGGUGCAAAUUAAUUAUCAAAUGUACGCCGUUUGGAAAAAGCAGGAUUUCAUAUAUCUUCUCGAUCCCUAUCGUCAUCGAAUUUUAGGCAAAUCACCUGAAUCUGAGGUGUAUGAGGAGAUGGAGAAGUGCGCCACCUUAAGAAUGUUUGGUUCCUUUGAGGUUUUCAUGAAUGUUUUCAAUAAUAUUCUCUUGGAUUCCAAUCGCACCAGCAAGUUUUUCAUACACACUUUAAAGGUCAAGAAUAUUCAGAAAAGACAUAAGUACCGAAAGGCUAAAUCAACGCAAUCCAUUGAAGAUAUCAAGUUGGAUGCAUAUGGUGAAAUUGUGUCCAUUAAUGAACACAUUUGCUUUGAGGAAGGAGAAGAUUUGUGUCAGAAAGCUUUGGGUGAAAUUAGUGAUUAUGAAGAUGAAGAUCUAAGAUCGGAUGUGGUGGAAAUGGAACUGAGAACUUCUUCCAGCGAGGCAGAAAUAAUGGAAGAAGAGGAAGCGGGAGGUGCCGGAGAAGGAGAGGAAUUAGAGGGCUUAGAAUCUUCCUCCAGUGGUGAGGAAGGAGGUGGCCAUAAAAAGAAAUCACAAAAAGGCAAAGGCUCUAGUAAAGGAAGCCAAGAUAAGAGUGGUAAAAGUAAAGGAGGCAAAAAUAAAGGUGGUUCUGGAAAAGGUAAAAAGGGUAAAGGUGCUAAAGAUAGUGAAGGGGGAGAAGCAGGUGGUAAGAAGCGUAAAAAGCCUAAGAAUGAAGAGAGUGACGAAAGUUCGGGAGAAGAAGGUGGUGGCAAAGGCAAAAAGAGGAAGAAAGCUAAAGAUAUGGAUAAGACUGGCAAGAGUAGUGGAGAAGAUCAGCAGAAAACCGAUAAAGAUGGCAAAGCUAAAGAUGAUAAAUUAAAGGGAACAAAAAACCAACUAGAUGAAGAUAAAGAGCUUAAAAAUAAAGAACUUAAAGCUAAAGAUGUAAAAGAUAAGGACCAGAAAAAUAAAGAUCUAAAAGCUAAAGAUCUUAAAGAUAAAGAUCAGAAAGAUACAGAUCAGAAAGAUAAGGAUCUAAAAGAUAAAGAUCUUAAAGAUAGGGAUCUAAAGGAUAAGGAUCAAAAAGAAAAAGCUCAAAAAGAUCUUAAAGGUAAAGAUCAGAAAGAAAAAGAUUUAAAAGAUAAAGAUCUGAAUGAUAAAGAUCGCAGAGAAAAAGAUCCGGAAGAUAAAUACAAAACUAAAGACUCCAGACUUAAAGGGGAGGAAGGUGAUAAAAAUUUAAAAGAAAAACAAGGACAAGAAGGUAGAGAUCUCAACAAAACUCAAAGCGAAAAGGGAGAAAGGAAAGAUCAAUCUAAAGACAAAGACAAACAAGAUUCUAUUAAAGGUCACGACAAAGGUCCAGGUAAAGAUGCUUUAGGUAAAGAUGUUCUGUCUAAAGAUAAAACCGGACUAGGCAAAGGUGAUGGUGAUAGGACACAUUCAAGUUUCAAUAAAGAUACAAUUGAUCCAAAUAAAGACGAUAUAACUGUUACAAAUGAUCUGAGUAAAACAGAUAAAGAUCCCAACAAAACCACUAACGAAGAUGAAAGAAAAUCCCAAAGAACUGAAGCGACUGAUGAUGGUAAGAGUAAAAAUAUAGAUGAUGAAUUAAGACAAAAAUUAGAAGCAGCUAAAGGCAGCAAUAAAGAAAAUGAAAUAAGCAAAGAUUCUAAUAAAACCCAAGAAAAGGACGAAAAUAAAGAAGAUAAAAGCCAAGACGAAAACAAAUUAAAAGAUAAGCUAGAAUCAAGUAAACAAGCAGAUAAAGAACGCAGCUUAACUAAAGAUAAAAGUGGACUCAAAAAAACAAAGUCUAGCGAUCGUUCUCGCUUGUACGAUGAUGGCACCGAGGCAGAUGAUGAAAAUGAGGAUUACUUUAAGAAGAAACAACGCUAUUGCUCUGGACCUAAUCCAAAUCGUUAUCCUGGUUACUUUAAAUAUCCCCUCGAUAUGGCAGUAGUGGGUUCGGAAAAUGGCAGUUAUGCAAGUAUUUGUAAACUAUUCCAGGCGGGUUUCAAAGUAGCCGAUCGUGUACUUACACUCACCCCUUGGGGCAAUUUUGUCAUAUUUCGUUGUUCGGGCAAAGGGGGCUUAGAGGAAAGAAACUACUACCUUUUCGAUGGUUGUACUUGUAAUUUUGAUCGUUUUCGUCAUUUCGAUUUAAGUGUAGGCACGGCGGGGUUGAUAUGUUUUAAACACACCCAUAAUGUUAUCGAGUAUAUAAGGCAUUUGCGUAAAUCGCGUAGAAGUAAUUGUGUGGAACAGAAUAAAUUCACAGCUGAUGAUAUUUGCCGGCAAUAUUGUGGUAGAAGUAGUAGUUUGAGAGUAUAGCUGAGGUCUCUUAGAUUUUUGGUUUGUAAAGAAUUUUUCAAAUUAUAGUUGCAUGUGUAUUUUGUAAAUUUUUAUAUAAAAAAUCUUUAUAAAAAAUUGUAUUUUUAAUAAAAAAAAAUUUAUGAAACAAUUAA